CCGGAUUUGAAGAGCGUUUGAAAUCCUGAUCUCGAUUGUGUGACAUGGAAGAAUCGUCAAGACCGGCCCCGUAUGGCCGCGCCUGCGUUAACUGCGCACGUGCCAAAUGCAGAUGUAUCCUGCGUAACAGUGGAGGAAGUUGUGAGAGAUGCUCUCGUCUCAAGAAAGACUGCACUCCCUCGCCUAGUGUGCGGAAAAGAUGACGGGUUGGAUACUCUCAGACUGCUCGUCUUGAACAGAAAGUAGAUGGGCUUGUUUCGAUGAUGAAGGCAGGAACUUCUUCGUCUUUACUUCAUACUCCAUCUAGCCAAUUGGGAAACGGCAAUGGGGAUAAUGCUCAGCCCAACAAUGAACCUGAUAAUCAGCAGCAAAGUCUUGAACCACUUACACCGGCUAUUACGACACCACCUUCAUUCCCAUACACUCUCCCUCAAGACGUCGAACCAACUCCCGAGGCGGCAGAGUGUUAUUUCCAGAUAUUUCGCAUAAAACACCUGAGUCUCCUGCCCAUUGUACAUUUUAAGCAAGACAUGACCUCGAAAAAACUGCGUCAGGAGCGACCCUUUCUCUGGCUGUGUAUCAUAGCUGUCUCUUCUACAAACAUGACCAAACAUAAUACUCUAGCCCAGGCAGUGCGAGAGAUAGCUGCUCGACAAAUCAUUAUCGAAGGGGAACGGUCGAUGGACUUGCUGCUCGGCCUGCUUUGUUUUAUUGCAUGGGGGCACUUUCGAUUCUCCAUGGGGCCUCUGCUCAGUGUCUUUUCCCAUCUCUGCACUGCACUCACACUCGACUUAGAGUUGCACAGUCACCCUGGAGAGAGUAUCAUGAAUAAGUUAUUUCCUGGAUCAAUGCCACCAAAUUUCCAUGGCAAGAUUCGAGUCCCAAAAGAAAGAAGCAAUGAACAUCGUCGUACGGCUUUGGCCUGUUACUUUAUCACCUCCAGUGCUGCGACUUUCCAUUCGAGAGUCGAAAGUUUAUCAUGGUCAGCAUACCUCGACGAUUGCUUAAAGGCGUUGGAGCAUACCAAGGAAGCACCCGGUGAUGAAGUGUUGGUGUAUCUGGUCAAGCUCCAGCUCAUCGCCAGCAAGGCCACGACAGUCCGUGUACAGAUCGGAGAUGUCGAAAGUGAACAAAGCACGAGAUUAAUCGGGCCAUACGUUUCGUCGCUUAAUAGUCAAUUGGCUUCCAUCAAGAGCCAAAUGCCAGCCCAUCUGGUGACCAACAAUGUUGUCCAGGCAAUGGCCUUUCAUACCGAAAUCACCAUAAAUGAACUCGCUCUACUUCGUGUUCAACACGUCCUUCUCUCUACCGACACCGACACGCAAACCAUGGAUAGUCUGCUCAUGUGCCUUGCCGCAGUGAAAUCUUGGUUAGACACGAUCAUCAAAUUCGAUGGAACAGACUACAUCGGUUUCAACUUUCCACUCUGGAAGCAAUUUCGCACAAUCGUCCUUGUCCUCAUAAGAAUGGCAGUUUUGGAAGAUCCCGCAUGGGAUGUAAACCUUGUUCGACGGACUGUAAAUCUCCCCGCGGUGCUGGACCACAUCGUCAGUAAUCUGGGGAAUCUAGUGGAAUUGGAACAUGGCGAGGAAAAUGUGUAUUCCAAGUCGGUCAAACUAUUGAAUGGGCUGAAAUCUUGGUCGCUGCUGGUAUACAACCAAGUGGAGACCCAAACUUGUUCCAUUCUGCCAGAGCAUGUGUCGAAUGAGUCUUUUGAUGAUAUACAGCCACAAGGUGUGGAGCAACAAAUGCAAUCUCAAAAUAUGGAUGGUUUCCCAUCAUUUGGUCAGGACUUUUGGGACGCAGACCUGUUUGGUUGGUGGCCGGAUCUGCAUUCGGAGUAGCUACAAAGUUUGAAUUUGUAUGACUACCUACCGUGUCAUGUAAAUAGCUAAAUUAGACUGUAAUUUAUUAUUCC